AUGAAUUCUCCCGUGAAUGUGGAAGUUGAACUGGAUCAGCACGGAAGUCGAGUUUGCUGUGUUCAGGUAGUGGUAGCCGUAUUCCUUCAUCGCCCACGUCCAAACGACAACACCUUGGGUGAAACGUCGGCAACCAAUGAAAUCGAAAUUCAGUCGUUUCCUUCUCUUCUGUCUUAUCGCAGUACUCCCUUCAAUGCUGCAUACACGUUUUCAGACCACCUGAGCGCUAAACUAAUGGAUUGGUACUUUGGUGGUGUCGAGGUUUUGACGGCCAUCUAUACUUUCACCGACUACAUGCUUCAUCCAUGGAUUUUCAACAUCGCCGGAAUGCUGUUAUUGGAGCCGUUCAGAAAAGUCUUCACAGGAAACAUGCGACCGUUCAGCUCGUUCUACCGCAAAUACCGCAGCUCAUCACAAACGAUCCCAGCUGUCUAUAGAGUCCCACCUCCAAGUUACAACGACGCCACACAGAGGACGAAACCAUCAAGGCCUACGCAGAUGUACUAG